GCCUGAGUUUGUUACGUAUACGCUCUGUUCCCCAAUAUAUCUCAAUUCGAAAUAUGAACUCUGACGACGAAUACUCGGAUGAAGAUCACGGCGAUUCGUAUCGUUUAGCUAACAGCCCAUCCUCGUACAUGACUUGUGUGGAAAGCGACGAAGACACCUGCACGGAAAUCGAUUUGCCGGAGCGUCCCAAGCGCCCCAUCGAAAUCGAUGAGUUCGCCUACACCGUGCUGACCGCCGACCAGAUAGUGCAACAUCAGCGCAACAUUAUCGACGAGGUCAACAAUGUGCUGCACUUGUCGCCGCAAGUGACACGCAUCAUACUCAAUCACUACAAAUGGGACAAGGAGACGCUGUUCGAGCGCUAUUUUGAGAGCAGUCCGCAGGAGUUUUUUCAUCGCGCUCAUGUAGUGAAUCCAUUCGCAACGCCGUCUAAGCACAGUCUCAAGUCGUCGGCGACGACGACGACGACGGGCAAGCCACGCGAGCAGCUGUGCGGCAUAUGCUAUUGUCCGUGCGAGGAGUUGAAAGGACUUGCCUGCGGUCACGCAUUCUGCGCCGCCUGCUGGAAACAAUAUUUGGCCAACAAAACCUGCAGCGAGGGCUUGGCCCACAGCAUUACGUGCCCAGCUGCCGACUGUGAUAUACUAGUGGACGAUGUAUCGUUUGUGCGUCUUGCUGAUGAUGCUGAGGUGACCGCACGCUAUCAGCAGCUGAUAACCAAUACCUUUGUGGAGUGCAACUCGCUGAUGCGCUGGUGUCCAGCGCCCAGUUGCACGCACGCCAUCAAGGUGAGCUACUGCGAGCCGCGCGCUGUGCGCUGCAGCUGCGGCCAUGAGUUCUGCUUUGGCUGCGGCGAGAACUGGCAUGAGCCUGUGAGCUGCAGCUGGCUGAAGCGCUGGCUCAAGAAGAACAACGAGGACUCGGAGACGUCCAAUUGGAUAGCGCAGCACACAAAGGAGUGUCCCAAGUGCAAUGUUACCAUUGAAAAGGACGGCGGCUGCAAUCAUAUGGUAUGCAAGAAUCCAAGCUGCCGCUAUGACUUUUGCUGGGUAUGCUUGGGCAGCUGGGAGCCACAUGGCUCUAGCUGGUACAGCUGCAAUCGCUAUGACGAGGAGGAGGGCAAGCAGGCGCGACAGGCACAGGAGCGUUAUCGCAGCAGCAUGGCGCGCUAUUUGCACUACUACAAUCGCUAUAUGAAUCAUAUGCUAAGCAUGCGCAUGGAGCACAAGCUGUACGCCAAUGUGCAGGCCAAGAUGACGGACAUGCAGGAGAACAUGAGCUGGAUUGAAGUGCAGUUCCUGAAGGAGGCGGUCGAUGUGCUGUGCCAGUGUCGCGCCACUUUGAUGUACAGCUAUGUCUUUGCUUUCUAUUUGCGCAACAACAAUCAGAAGAUUAUCUUCGAGGACAAUCAGCGUGAUAUGGAAAUGGCCACGGAGAAGAUAAGCGAAUGCCUGGAGCGUGAAAUUACCGUGCAGAAUCUCUAUGAGGUGAAGCAGAAGGUGCUCGAUCUUUCGCACUAUUGCCGCAAGCGUCGCACUGUGCUGCUCGUGCAUGUGCGCGAGGGCUACGAGAAGGACUGGUGGGACUUUAUCGAGUGAUCUCUAUCAUAUACACAUACACAUACUAUGCAACAUUUUCGGCAUUAUUCGGUCUUAGUUAAUUAAAGCUAGCACAAAGGCGUUUUGGAGUUAAGCCCACCACAAAAUUGAACAGUUAGGAAUAUUGCUUGUGUUUUUAUUUUCUACAACGCUUGGUCCGCUUUUCUUUUCGGUAAUUAUAACAUAAAUCAAUUGCAGCUCGCAUGUUAUACUUUGUGGCACAGCGCAGCGAUUAAUGUCAUGACAAUGCCACAAGAUAUG